AUGAAAGUAAUUGCUGAAGUGGAAAUUUUGAGUACGCUAACUGAAUCUUCUUUAAUAUAUAGGCACGAAGCUAAGUUCAUUCAAAAAAUUGUUAAAGAGCUUCCACUAGAGUUAAGAGCCAUCGAUUUCAACAUUGAUGAAAAGUUAGUAUGCAUUGACAACCGAAUCAAUGAUGUUUUAUCAUCUUUGGUAAUUUCUUCUGAUGAUGUUUACAUGACCAGGAUCAAGAUAAUUGGAGGUGGUGGGAAGAUAAAUUUAGCUACGGUUGUUUUUGAUAAAAUAUCCUUUCAAUUCGAAGGUAAAAGCUUAAUUGAAAAUGUUAGAGAAGUUUCAAAAGCUUCUUUGUCCGGUUUGAAGUUGUUGCAAAAACAAAUCAUUUCUGAUGUCUUAAUAAUGAAGGCAUAUCCAUAG